AUGCAACGGGGAAACAGUGGGCUCCAACUUUUAGGACGGUGUAUUGCAAUGAUGGCAUGUCAAGCCAGUCCUAUACAACUUAGAUUUCCGCUCUAUUACUAUAGAAUAAUUUUAAAUAGGCCAUUGACACUUGAUCUUUUAGAGUUGCGCUUUUUCAAUGAAAAACUUUAUCUGAAAAUGGAGCAAGCACAGACUGACGGAAAUUUAACAGCUGUGAGGCAGUUACUGUAUAACCAUUAUAUAGAACCCGUAGAGAAACAGCUGACUCAAAUACGUAUGGGAAUCAAUGAUGUGAUCCCUAGUGAAUGGUUCGAAUCAUUUAGUGAUGAGGAAGUUGAGAAACUCUUGACUGGAUAUUCAUUUGCAGCAAACAGCCAAAGCUUCCGCGAUUUAGCGGUGCUUGUGGCGAGACAAAAGGAGGAAGAAGAGAUCAAACAUCAAUGGGUGCAAAAUUACUUCAAUGAUAAGGCAAAAUCGGAAAAGAGAAAUGAUCCUGCAGACUCACCACUCGUCCCUAUGGCUCCUAUUGUGAGAGAAUCUAAAAGUCUCAAUAAUGCAGUUAUUCAAUUUUCAAUUGACAACGAUUGCAAAAGACCUGUUAUUAAGAAUCGAAAGAAAUGGCAUUCAAAACCAGUCGUAAUUGCUCAACAAAAAAGACUCGAUUUGCAACGACAAUGUUCUCUACAGAUUCACCUAAAUGAUACGCUGCCACCAAUCACUACCGCAAUCCGAAAAUCGCUUCGUACGGCAGCACAUCACUUCGCUGAAAGUCAAGUUCCCUCAUUGCCGAAAAUUAAGGCAGUCGAUUCUACGCAAGCUAAAACAUAA